AAGAUGAGCAACAUGAACAGGAUGAACAGGAUCAUCUUCUACGAGGACAGGAACUUCCAGGGCCGCUCCUACGAGUGUAUGAGCGACUGCCCCGACAUGACCUCCUACCUGAGCCGCUGCCACUCCUGUAGGGUUGAGAGCGGCUGCUUCAUGGUCUACGACCGCAGCAACUUCAUGGGAAACCAGUACUUCAUGAGGAGGGGCGAGUAUGCCGACUGCAUGACCAUGAUGAACAUGACCGACUGCAUCAGAUCCUGCCGCAUGAUCCCCAUGCACAGAGGGUCCUACAGGAUGAGGAUCUACGAGAGGGAGAACUUCCAGGGUCAGAUGCAGGAGAUGAUGGAGGACUGCGAGAACAUCAUGGACCGCUUCAACAUGCCCAACUGCAUGUCCUGCAACGUGAUGGAGGGCCACUGGCUUAUGUAUGAGCAGCCCAACUUCAGAGGAAGGAUGAUGUACAUGAGGCCCGGAGAGUACAGGAGCUUCAUGAACAUGAGCAUGGGCAUGAGCGGUAUGAGGAUCAUGAGCAUGAGGCGCAUCAUGGAGUCCUGCUACUAG